AGCGCUGUGUUUAUUACCGGCGGUAAGAUGGCGGAGGCCGGUAAUGAAAGCAGUAGCGGUGGUAAUAAUGUUGGUGCUUCUCCAACCAUAAGAUGUAUUCAGAAAGUCAAGUUUUGGCUGGCCUGGUCCUGGACGUAUUUGUGGCUUGUGUGGUUCAUCAUGCUGUUGUGCGUACUCUACGUACUGAGGACCCCGUUGAAGAUCCAGGAGAAUCUGACAGCAGUUACAGUAUUUGUGAACACUCUGACUCCGAAGUUUUAUGUGGCGCUCACAGGGACAUCUUCUCUCAUAUCAGGUUUGAUUCUGAUAUUUGAGUGGUGGUAUUUCCAGAAGUAUGGCGCCUCCUUCAUAGAGCAGGUCUCUGUGAGCCACUUGAGGCCCCUGUUAGGUGGUUUGGAAAGCACCUCGUCUGCAGGUUUGUUCACGUCUGUCAAUGGGGAGACGGAUUCCACAAGGCCCAGUGUAUCCGAGUGCAAAGUAUGGCGAAACCCACUAAACCUUUUCAGAGGUGCUGAGUAUAACAGGUAUACAUGGGUCACUGGAAAGGAGCCUUUAACCUACUAUGACAUGAACCUCUCUGCACAGGAUCACCAGACUUUAUUCACCUGUGACAAUGACCAGCUUCAUCCAGCAGAAUCAGUUAUGCAGAAGGCAUGGAGAGAAAGGAACCCACAAGCCAGGAUCAAAGCUGCACAUCAGGCUAUUGAAAUUAGCAAUGAGUGUGCCACGGCAUAUGUUCUCCUGGCAGAAGAGGAGGCAACCACCAUAUCUGAGGCUGAGCGACUCUUAAAGCAGGCUUUAAAAUUGGGGGAAGUGAGCUACCGCCAGAGUCUGCUUCUUCAUCAGAGCCAAGGCUCACAGCAUGAAGCUCAGCACAGAAAGGACACAAAUGUGCUCGUGUACAUUAAAAGAAGAUUAGCCAUGUGUACCCGUAAAUUGGGGAGGAUCCGGGAGGCUGUGAAGAUGAUGAGAGAUUUAAUGAAGGAGUUUCCACCCCUGGGCAUGUUAAACGUACAUGAAAAUUUACUGGAGGCACUCCUUGAGCUGCAAGCGUAUGCUGAUGUCCAGGCUGUGCUUGCUAAAUAUGAUGAUAUCAGUUUGCCCAAAUCAGCAGCAAUAUGUUACACUGCAGCACUUCUUAAGGCACGAGCUGUCUCGGACAAGUUUUCUCCGGAGACCGCAUCCCGACGAGGGCUUAGCACUGCAGAAAUGAUGGCCGUUGAAGCCAUUCACAGAGCAGUGGAAUUCAACCCCCAUGUGCCAAAGUAUUUAUUAGAAAUGAAAAGUUUAAUACUACCCCCAGAACACAUUCUGAAGCGGGGGGACAGCGAGGCUGUGGCGUACUCCUUCUUCCACUUGCAGCACUGGAAGAGAGUCGAGGGGGCUCUGAACCUCCUGCACUGCACCUGGGAAGGCACGUUUAGGAUGAUACCUUAUCCAUUAGAGAAAGGACACCUCUUUUAUCCCUACCCUGGUUGCACAGAGAUGGCAGAUCGUGAGCUUCUUCCAGUAGGCCACACAAUCAGACUGCUGACUUGAUGGUUGUCCAGAAGA